AUGUCCAUGCCAUUCUUUGAGAAUAUCGACGACACGUCCUCGUUGUAUCAGUCCAAAUCACCCUCCAACGAGUUCACGGGCGAAGAGCUCUCGCUCCUCUGCGACAUGCUCGUUCCACUCACAUCCGGACUGCCCGCACUAAGCCUGCCGCCGACAUCUCCAGUCUCGUCCACCACCUGCGACGAUCUUUUGUUCUUGGACCAGCUAGAACCUCCACCCUCGUUCCUUUUCACCGCCGCCGCUAGUUCCGAUGCGAGCGACGACACGAAAAAGUCCCUGCUGCAUUGCUCAAUUGCUGGGUGCCCGAAACGUGUCCGCUCUCGAGGUUUGUGCAAAUCCCAUGGCGGAGGCCGUCGCUGUUCUGUGUCAGGAUGCAUCAAGAGCAGCCAAGGCCAAGGCCUAUGCAUCCGUCAUGGCGGCGGACGGCGUUGCGGCGUCGACGGCUGCUCCCGCGGAGCGCAGUCGAAUGGCAAGUGUAAGAACCACGGCGGAGGGAUCCGGUGCCGCGAAUCAGGAUGUUCCAAGUCGAGCCAAGGCGCGGGCUAUUGCCGCACCCACGGAGGCGGAAAGCUGUGCAAGUACCCUGGAUGCAAGAAGGGCAGCCAACGCAAGGGCUACUGCGCCACCCAUGGGCACGCUAUCCCUGUUGCAGUGGACGUUCCGUACGAAACCUAUGUGAUUUGACCUAUCGGUAGCAUACUAUUGAGUAGUGAAGAGAUCUAAAGCCCAACAUGGCAAAUAGAAAACACGACUUUU